UUCUCCCACUCCGGCAUCCUUCCUUGACAGCGAGUCAUCCCCUUGGCCGCUGAGGUUGUGGGCGAAUAUAGUUCAAGCUCUUUUCCUGUCGCCCUACACACACACACACAUACACUCCUUACUGCCCAUAUUCCCCUCUUUAUUUUUUUUUCCCCACGAAUUUCUUGACUUUUACCUCAUUAUCUCCCGGAGGAAGAAAAGGCAAAGUGCAGCUAAGGCUCGCAAAAGGAUUUCCUUCCUUUGCAGAAGAAAUAUCCCUACCCUUUUUUCCCCUCCUCCUUAGCGGGAGGGGCGGCGGCAGGGGGGAAGCGAUGAGAAGCUUCAUUUCUGUGCUUUGCCUCUGGAGUCUCUAUUGUUCUGUUGCCGCGGGAAACACAGACCCUGAUGGUCCAGAGGGGCUACUGAAAGAUAAAAACUUAACUGAGCAUACCCAGUCCAACACAGUGCACCCUCCUGCCAAGCCCUCAGUGCGGUUUAAUAUCAGAACCUCCAAGGACCCAGAGCAUGAAGGCUGCUAUCUCUCCAGGGGCCAUGACCAACAUUUAAAAGACUGUGGUUUCAACACAACAGCAAAAACCUUCUUCAUCAUCCAUGGAUGGACGAUGAGUGGCAUGUUUGAGAAUUGGUUGUUCAAGCUCGUGUCAGCCCUCCAGAUGAGAGAGCAGGAUGCUAAUGUAGUCGUGGUGGACUGGCUGCCAUUGGCCCAUCAGCUCUAUACAGAUGCCGUCAACAACUCCAGGGAAGUGGGUUCUAAAAUUGCCAAGAUGCUGGAUUGGCUGCAGGAGAAGGAGCAUUUUUCUCUUGAGAAUGUUCACUUGAUUGGCUACAGUCUUGGAGCUCAUGUUGCUGGAUAUGCUGGAAACUUUGUGCAGGGGACAAUAGGCAGGAUCACAGGUUUGGAUCCUGCCGGCCCCAUGUUUGAAGGCGCAGACAUUGACAAGCGGCUCUCCCCGGAUGAUGCGUACUUUGUGGAUGUCCUCCAUACGUACACUCGUUCCUUCGGCUUGAGUAUUGGCAUCCAGAUGCCCGUGGGUCACAUUGAUGUUUAUCCCAAUGGGGGUGACUACCAGCCAGGCUGUGGGCUGAAUGAUGUUUUAGGAUCAAUUGCCUAUGGAACAAUCACUGAGGUGAUGAAAUGUGAGCACGAACGGGCUGUACACCUCUUUGUGGACUCUCUGGUGAACCAGGACAAGCAGAGCUUUGCCUUCCAAUGCACAGACUCCAAUCGUUUUAAGAAAGGCAUCUGUCUGAGCUGCCGGAAAAACCGCUGCAACAGCAUCGGCUAUAACGCCAAGAAAAUCCGGCACAAAAGAAACAGCAAGAUGUACUUAAAGACCCGAGCUGGCAUGCCUUUCAAAGUUUACCAUUAUCAGAUGAAAAUCCAUGUCUUCAGCUACAAGACCAUGGGAGAAACAGAACCCUCGUUUUAUGUUACACUUUAUGGCACCAACACAGAUUCCCAGUCUCUUCCUCUAGAAAUAGUGGAGCAGAUAGACUUAAAUGCUACCAACACCUUCCUGGUGUACACGGAAGAGGACAUGGGUGACCUCUUGAAGAUCAAGCUCUCCUGGGAGGGCACGUCUCAAUCCUGGUACAACCUGUGGAAAGAGCUGCGAAGCUAUCUGUCGAAACCCCACAACCCUGUGAGGGAGCUUCACAUUAGGCGCAUUCGGGUCAAAUCUGGGGAAACCCAGCAGAAAUUGACUUUCUGUGCUGAAGAUCCUGAGCAAACCAGCAUCUCUCCUGGCAAAGAUCUCUGGUUUACCAAGUGUCGAGAUGGCUGGAGAAUAAAAAAUCAGACCAGUUCAGCCAUGGAUGUGCUCUAAGGGUCCUUUUGGAAAUCUUAGCCCCAGACACCUACUGCCACCCAUCUACAUGGAGAAAGUUCCUGCUGAGGGAAGGAUCUCCUCUCGGCUGCUCACAGGAGGGCAGCUGACUGGCGGGGCUCAUGCCCACUUUUCCCACAACUGCUGUCAUGGCAGGCAGGAGGGGAACUCAUCCAUUACUGCAACUCCCACUGCUCCUUAGGCUAGCACUAACCCUAACUAAAUGCUCAGUGGACUCCAAGUGGAGGCUGAGUCCCUGUUCUGUCUACAAGCUUAAUGUCUGUAUGCUUCUCGGUGCUGGUUUGAAGUUCCUGGAGAAUAUCCACCUGUGUUUUUAGCCAAGGGGAAACUUAGCCAUUGUGAAGUGACCCUUAAGUGGAUGAGACACAGUAAAGGAGACACCCCCCCCCAAGGAUUCUCUGGCUGGUGAUCUUUCCCCUAAGGAUCAUUUCAGAAAAAAAGUCUUUCUGACCUGAUAGAACACCUGGGAAGUGCUCUGUGCUUCCACAUAUAGGAGAAAUCAUAUGCAGAGGGGAAUGCUGAAGGGUUCUGGGCAGCUUUUGGUUGCACUGUCCCUAUUUGUCCUAUUUGAGAAGUCUAGUCUCUCUUCUCACAUUCUCUUGCAGUGUCCAAAGGAUCAUUCACUCAUUUAUCCAACAGAUAUUUAUUGAAAGACUGCCAAUAGUUGGUUGCAUGGCAUUGAACAAAUCACUUUCUCUGAGCCUCAGUUUCCUCAUCUGAAAAUGAGUGGGCUUGAUUAGAUGAUCAAUAAGACCCUUUCUAUCUCUGGCAUUCACUGGCUUUAGGAGAUGCAAAUAUGGAUAAGACAUUUAUCUUGGAGGCCAUAAGUGGUCUCUUUAUACCACCCAUGGCAAAUAACGUGUUGACAUACUCAUCACCAUCAAGGGUACUCUAUCAGACUUUCUUUAUACUAAAAAAUAUAGCUGGUUAAAUUUCAAAGCAGAUUUUUCCUCCUUCAUGGGUAUGGAAAAUACUGCAUUUAUCAAGCAUAUGUAUAUAUGCAAAAGGUUAUAUGACAUAGGUCAAGGAAACUUGGAUCCAAGAGCUGCAGAUUGGACUUAUUUCGAUCUUGAUUUUACUUUGCACUUGAGACUACUACUCCAAAGAUUUUGUAUUUCCGGCUGUGCCUCACCAGUGCAGAAUUUCCUAGAAAAAGUUCCAGAUGAUAGAUUUAUAAGAAGUAGACAUCUUUGAGUUUAUAUUUCUUCAUCACUUUUCAAAGAACAGCACCAUAUAUGACCUUAUUUGAUUCUUACAAAAGUUGGAGACAGCAGAUACUAUUUCCCCCAUUUUACAGAUGAAGAAACUAAGAUUCAGAGAGGUUGUGGGUGUCUCAUAUCAUUUCAUGAGAGUACAGGUCCUAUAGCCCAGAGAUCCUGGCCCAUCACUUAGAACUUCUGUCUCUAUACCUUAAUGUUAAGAUUUGGGAUGGAAUUAUGUAGUCUUUCCUUCCUGAAAUGCUCCAAAUGUGAUGGGCAGGAGCUCUUUUCCAUUGUCACCUUGAAGUUGGAGUCUCUAUGUGUUACCAGAAGAUCAUAACCUAUGUUAAGAGGAUGGGAUGCUUUUUGAUCUCCAAAAAAGGGAAGGGAAUUUGUGUGUGUGUGUGUGUGGUGUGUGUGUGUGUGUGUGUGUGUGUGUGAGAGAGAGAG